AGCAGCCAGGUCGGCAGCUCCGUGACAGGUGUGACUGACAUGGCGGAGGAGUUGUCUGCGGAGCAGGUGGCUGAAUUCAAAGCAGCUUUCUCCAGAUUUGACAAGAAUGGGGACGGCACCAUCGACACCCAGGAGCUGGGUGCAGUGAUGGGGGCCCUGGGCAAGAAUCUGUCAGAAGAGGAGCUGAAGGAGCUCAUCGCCCGCGUGGACACGGAUGGUGACGGCGUCAUCAGCUUCCAGGAGUUCCUGGCAGAGAUGGCCAAGAGGAUGAAAUCCUGGGGCAGCGAGCAGGACAUACGGGAGGUCUUCCGUGCCUUCGACCUGGACGGCAACGGCCGCAUCAGUGUGGACGAGGUCAAGCAGGCCAUGGCCAAGCUGGGCCAGACGCUUUCCCAGGAGGAGCUGGACGGCAUGAUCCAGGAGGCGGACGUGAACAAGGACGGGCAGGUGGAUUACGAGGAGUUCCUGCGCAUCCUCUCCCGGAAGUGAGGCCCCGCCCCGGCCCGUCUCCUGCUCCUCCUGCCUUCUCGGGGCCUCCGCUUCUGCG